UGGAAAGGCAAUCGCACUAAAUACAGCCGCCCCUGGUAGUUAUCUUGUUGUUCGUCUCCUUCUGGAAGGGUUUCCUGCGCGUCGGGGCACGCAUGAUUUGAAAAAAAAUUCUGAGGCCCAGUUCAUGCUUUAUUUUAUUUGGCAUUCAGUCCAAGUCUCUUGUCUGUCUUUUCGGGACAAGUUAACGCCAGCGCCAAAUCCGCUUCGUCCUCCUUUUGUGAUUGGCGUUUGCUCAUCAUUCCGGUGCUAACAUCUCGAGAGAAGGGGAGGGGGAGGGAUCUUUACCUUUGUUUUCUCUGAAUUGGGGUUCUCUCGCUUUCAUCCUCUCGGAAUUGCGGUUCUCUCGCUUUGUUCCUCUCUGAAUUGGGAUUGCUCUGUUGCAGGGUAAACAUGCCAGAGAUUCAACUGGGUUGCCACACAAUCAAAUCCCAUGGAAUUAAAGUGGCAAGGUUGCAUAAGCAUGAUUGGAUAAUACUUGUACUUCUUAUGGUUCUGGAGCUUAUAUUGGCGGUAGUUAUAUCCCCAUUUUACCGGUUUGUUGGGAAGGAUAUGAUGACAGACUUGAAAUACCCAAUGAAGGACAAUACAGUGCCAUUUUGGGCUGUUCCAGUAAUUGGAAUUUUGGUACCAUUUAUCAUCUUCUUUGUAAUCUAUCUAAUCAGAAAAGAUGUGUAUGAUUUUCACCAUGGUGUAUUAGGAAUUCUGUACUCCGUACUGAUAACGGCGGUUAUUACUGAUGCUAUAAAAGAUGCUGUUGGUCGACCUCGGCCUGACUUUUUCUGGCGGUGCUUCCCAGAUGGGAAGGAUGUGUAUGAUACAGUCACAGGCGGUGUUAUUUGUCAUGGAAUCAAAAGUGUUAUUAAAGAAGGGCACAAGAGCUUCCCUAGCGGCCAUACUUCUUGGUCAUUCGCGGGGUUAGGCUUCCUUUCACUAUAUCUAUCCGGAAAACUUAAAGCCUUCGAUCAGAAAGGUCAUAUAGCAAAGCUUUGCAUUGUCUUCCUGCCAUUACUGCUUGCAGCCCUUGUUGGAACUUCUCGAGUAGAUGACUAUUGGCAUCAUUGGCAGGAUGUGUUCGCUGGUGGCCUACUAGGUUUGACAGUCGCUACAUUUUGUUAUCUGCAGUUCUUCCCAGCUCCGUAUCAUCCAGAGGGUUGGGGACCAUAUGCUUAUUUCCGGAUGUUGGAAGAACGCAACGCCCAAGGACAAUCGAACUCUGAUCAACUCCAUUUACAAUUCAGACAUGUUCAGGCUGAUUCUGCAAGGCAGGAGGAAAUAGAACAAUAUAGCCUGCAUGAUGGUAACCCAAGCCUUGAUAUGGAAGCUGGUAGGAGGUGAAACGUUGUUGUUUUAAAGUUUCUUUUCUCAUCCUUUCCCCCUGUACCAGUAUUAGAUUCCUGUGUAUUCAAGCACAAACUCAUAUUCAAAUCUGUCUAGUGCAAUUUUUUCAGAGUCCAGUUAUUUGUCCGAUUACAGUUUCUCAUCACAGAUUUAUUUUCCUGAGCAUAUCACUGGCCGGUGAUGUAAAUAAAUACCCCAAGAUAUGCCCUUCAGGGUUUAAAACAGAAAAAGGAUGUAUCGCAGAAAUGAGUGCAAAAUUGAGUCUAUGAUGUAACAUGCAAUCUGUGCCUAUACUUGUACCCUGUAUGACAAUCAAUCCAUGUUAUUUUUUAUUA